AUGGGAGGCGCUAAAGACAUAGGAGGUGGCGCAAUUGGACUUCGAGUCCUCCACUUCUAUUCCUUUCGAUGCCACAGCCGUAAGCGAUCGCGCAGAUCAGACAGCUGCAAUACGUUGCACCGGUUCUCUUCUUUUGGAUGCCACGCCAGUAGCCAAUCGAUAGAGAAAACUAGCGUCACGUUUCAGGGGAUAUCAAAUAUCGGCGCUAAAAAUACCAAUUCUUUUUCAAAGUAG